UAAACUUUCAAAUGGAUAAAUUAAAAAAGAGCCCAACCGAGACCUCAAAAAAAGUCCAAAUCGAAUUAGUAGAAAAGGAAUGUCUCAACAGAGUCUUUGAGUGGCUCUCCUCUCAGGACCCGAAGAAAGGCGAGGAUGAAGAAGAUCCUAAGAAGAAAGAAGAGCUCCAGAAGAAAAUCACCCUGAAUGAUCUCACUAGAGCUCUAAGGAAGAUGGGCUGAUCUCCAACCAAGUCUGAGGUCAAGAACAUGAUUUGGGAAGUAGAUGAUGACCUUGACGAAAUGAUCAGCGAAGAAGAGUUCCUCACUAUUUAUAAGAGAUGAAUAUCGGACGAAACAGGCCUUGAACCCAGAAAAUUCUUCAACCUUGUCCAAUUCCUCAUGUAUGACAAAGAUUUCAGAGGAAGAGUCACAGUAGAAGAAACCCUUCAGAUCUUAUUUGUCAGACACGGAAGAGAGCAACUUGAUACAGAAAUCGAGGCAAUCUUUGGAGUCGAUGAAAGACAACAAGACGAGGAAGAGAAGGAAAUCACAUAUCAAGAAUAUGUCGAAAAAGUCAAUGAAAGAGCCCUUCAAGAACAAAAGAAGCUUCUUGAUGACAAGAGAAAAGGUAAACUCAAAGGAUUGCAGAAAGAGGAUUAACUACCACAUCGAAAUGUCUAGAAUUCUCCUCAAU